UACCUGUUCAGUGAUUUCCUCCCUGCUCUGAGGUAGAAUGUGUGGGUGAGGGAGGUUAUCACACAGCCACUCCUAAUCACCAUUAUAUCAAGCUCUCUUAGGUCUGCUGAUCUCCCAGGACCCAAGACAAGUGGAGAGCUUUAGAAAAAUGUUCAUGUGAAUGCCCACAAGGAUGGAGACUGAAUACCUGAAGAGGUGCUUUGGGAAUUCCCUGACCCAAGCUCUGGCAGAGGUGGCAAUGGUUCGACCCAGCGACCCCAUAGAGUACCUGGCUCACUGGCUCUAUCACCAUAGAGAAAUCAUCAAGGCAAAAGAAGAGGACAGGAAAGAGGAGACUGUGAUGAAGGAAGAACCUGGUAAUAGUUUCAAGAAAACUGAACUGACAAACCGUGAACCACUGAUAACUGUAGCUGGCUCCCCAGAGAAGAUUGUAUCCGUGCCAGAGAGCACAAAACCCCUGGAGAAGGAAGCCUUGGUGCAGGAGUCCUUGCCAAGUACUUCCAGUACAAUUCCAGGAAACCAAGACAGUCCCUCUUCAGAGCCAUUCUGUCAGACAUCAGAACUCCACACAGAAUUAAGUGACCUGGUUUUCCUAUAUCAGAUCGCUUGCAAAAUGCAUCCUGGAUCCAAAUAUUCUUCAUAAAUUAUCAGAAGGUGGGUGAUAUGAAUCAUGCUUAUUUCCAAGUUGCAAGCUGAGACAAUGAUAACCAUUUGACUUAAACCACAACUUGAAGGACUGUGGAAGGAGGUGUCUACAGCCCGAUUCCUGAUCGACGGUCAUGAAAACCCCUUAAUUGUGUGAAAAUUUGAUUUCGUUACAGGACCAAAUAAACUCACAAUAAGCAUUGACUGUAA